AUGGCCCGUGCGCCCGAGGCAGAGCAGGCCGUCCACCUCGCACAGCGGGCUAUCGACGCCGCCAAAUCCGGUAAAUUGUCGGACGCCGCGCAGUACCUGCGACAAGCGUCGACUAUCGCCCCGCAGCACCCAUUGGUCAAGCAAGCAUGGGUCCAGCUGAGAGAAGAAGAGGAGAAGUCCGAGCUACUUGCUGUUUGUCGGGUCUGGGUACGGACGCGAGACGAGGAGGAUGGAGAGAAGGCAUUAAAGCUGGUUAAAGGGCAGAGUCUGAGGGAUAAAGAGGCGGAGCAGGCAAUGGAUAUUCUGUACGACUUCAAGGGCGAGGAUGAUGUGCUGGACCAUGUGACGGGCGAGUUGCUGCGGUUUCCGGGGCCGCAGCGGUGGCUGGCGAAGCUGAUUAAAGAGCACCCGACGCAAGCGUACUACGAGUUGUUCGAGCGCGGAGACGACAGUAUCGAUGGGCUACUGAAAGUCUUGCUCAAUAGGUCGGUGUGGCCGACCGAUGAGGCGUUUGUGCAGGGCCAUCGGGAUUGCUUUAUGCUGAGUUUGGCGAUGAUGAUGGAGGAGGCGCUUGAGCAUCCGGAGCGCGCUAUGAAGGGCAUUGCGCAGCUGCUUGCUCAUUAUGCGGAGCAUCUCCAUGGGAUUAUUGAUGCGGAUAGCUUCGAUGUUAUUCUCUGUUCGCUCGACCUCCGGCUCCCAAACAGCCUCCGAAGCCACGCAACUCUCGCUACCAUCAAGCUGUUCGAGCUCGCACCCAGCACCGCGCAGGAUCUGGUCUCGAAAUUCGUCACGAAGCGCGUCCAGGAUGGGAUAGCUCACGAGCUCGUCGUCGCUUUCUCUGCGGCAGCUGCCAUCUUCCCGAUCACGACGCCUGCAGCUGCAGCGCUCUUCCUCACAGACGGCUUCAUCAGCACGCUAGUGCCCCUCGUGCAGAGCAAAAAGAGCCAGAAACUCGAACAAGCAGCCCUCGAACUCAUCAGCGCCGCCUGCGUCGAGAAUAAUUGCCGCGACGCGAUAAAUCGACACUGCAGAAUGUGGCUCGAAGACCUCGUAGCCUCCUCGCCCGACAAGAAGCGCUCGAACCUUGCCGCCCUCGUUCUUGUCAAACUCGGCGAAGAACCCGCUCCAUCCGAAGGCCCAGUGAUCAUCACCCCAGGCAAAGUUGACCAAGACGACCUAAUAGCGAGCUUUAAAUCCAUGGUAAUCUCCUCCGACAAAUCCAGCAAACAAGACUCCAUCGAAGGCCUUGCUUACGCCUCCCUCCAACCCAAAGUGCGCGAGGACCUCGCUAAAUCGCCCAAAUUCCUCAAGCGCCUCAUUGAAUCGAUGAAAGAUCCCUCUGGACCCGCGAACAUUCUUUUCGGCGGCCUGACUAUCUUCUCGAACCUGACUUCCUUCCUCCCCAUCCAAUCCGAAGAGGAAAAGCGCAUGGCCCAACUCAAAGCAUACGCGAACGUGCAGAAGCCCUCGGACCCAGACCCGCUGCUCGACGAAGCACAUGUCACCGCACGUUGUAAACGCGUCCUUGACGCCGGCAUCGUGCCCCUCCUCGUCACAAUCUCUAAAAAGGCAUCGCCCUCCGCCCUCGGACAAACAGCUUCCAUCCUGCUCUCCCUCUCCAAAGAUACCAAAACUAGAGGCAUAAUGGCCCAACAAGGCGCCAUAAAACUCCUCGUCCAAAUCUACGACACCAUCACCUUGGACAAAGUAACCCCCUCCCCCUACCCACCAAACAUGGCUCCGCAAACCGCCCAAGCACUCUCCCGCAUCCUCAUCUCAACAAACCCAGCGCAUAUCUUCAAUGCCGCCCUGCCGCCGCAAUCUGCAAUCCGGCCCUUGAUCUCCCUACUCAUUCCGAGCGAGUCCUCCGCAUGGCAACUCCACGCCUUCGAAUCGCUCCUUGCGCUCACGAACCUCGCGUCCAUGGACAUGCAGACGCAAAACCACAUUAUUCGGAACGCCUUUGAUAUCGUCGCCGACGACCUCCUGCUCUCCCAAAAUACGCUGCUGAGACGCGCAGCCACCGAGCUCCUCUGCAACCUCAUGGCCGCGCCCCUCUGCAUCGAGCGCUUCGCAGACGGCUCGCCCCGCGCAACACACCGCUUGCACAUCCUGCUCGCCAUGACGGACGUCGACGACGCGCCCACCCGCUCUGCGGCCGGCGGCGCCUUGGCCAUGCUUCUCUCCGUCGACCCUGCGAUCCCGGAGCUGCUGAAGCAAGAGCGGGGCGUGGAGUUCUUGCUCGAGCUGUGCAGGGAUGAGAACGAGGAUAUUCGGCAUAGGGGGGUUGUGUGUUUGCGGUGCGUGGUUAGUACGAAGGAGGGGAUUGAGGUGGUGAAGGCGAAGGGGGGGAUUGAAGUGCUGAAGGGCUUGUUGAAGGAGUCGAGGAGGCAGGAGGUGCUGGGGUUGGGGGUGGAGACGCUGAAGAUUUUGUUGGGGCAGUGAGGGAUCGAUUGAUGGGGUAAUUUGUGUUUAGAGGGGAUGCGAGGGGUAGGGAUGGGUUCGCAGAUGCUAGCUUAUAUGACUAUGGUCGGGAUGGAAUGGAAUGGCGCGAUUGUAAAGGUCGGCGGGCAUUUGUCAUGGAUGGAAAUGGCUUGGCUGUUUGUUACACACCACAUUUAGAAAACUAUGAAUUCUCUCUGUAGCGAAUCACAAGAAGAGCGUAUCAAGUCUAG